UUUUCGGUAGGAAAGUCCCCUGCACCAACACAGCAACAUUUCCUAACUUCGCGCCGCGAUCCAAUCAGCUGGUAUGAAAGGGAAAUAACACCUCACCCUGAGAGGUUCGAUUGCUCAACGAACAGAAAUCAAUGAAAACAGGAGAACUGUUAGAGCCAUUCCAGUCGUGCUCUGUCUUCGACAAACUAGCAAUGAGGAGCAGACACUCCUGUAUUUAUCAUUUAUGUGGUCCGGUGCAUACCCUCUAUGGCUUGAUGCUUUUUAGGUCAUGAAAACAGAUGAAUUCUACAAAAACCUAAACUUGUGUAACCCCUGGACUAGUAAAGUAGUCAGCAAGGUAGUCAACAAGUCACAAACAAAGGGUAUAAAGGUAACCAAGAAAAUAAAUCAUGCAAACUACUGGGGAAAGAAAAAGAGUUAGAGAAAAGCAUUUGGAUGUUGGUGAACGCACACCAUUACUUUCAUCAACAGAGAACUAUAGCUCUGUAAAUAUUGAGACUAAUGAGAACCAACCCCAAGAUACAGCAGGAAGGGCAACUAGUAAGCAUGCAGGUGAAUCAGACGCUGAAACAUCCUUUUCAUUUAGGCAGCUGCCUGCAAGGAAGAAGUGGACACUGUGCAUGAUGGCAUUUUCCAACUUUGCUGCCUGUACUUGCUUUUCAUUGCUGGCUCCAUUCUUUCCCAUUGAGGCUGGCAAGAAAGGUGUUUCUCAAACGGUCAUUGGGCUUAUUUUUAGCUCAUUUGAGCUUGGGAUUUUUGUUUCUGCUCCUCUUUACGGCCUUUUUUUGACAAAGAUUGGAGCACGGUUCCUGUUCAUCUCAGGGCUGUUUGUCUGUGGUGGAUGUGCAGUUCUUUUUGGCAUUUUACAUUUGUGCCCUUCUGGAACAAUCUUCAUUGUCAUGUGUUUUGUGGUGCGCACAGUGGAAGCUUUGGCGGCUUCUGCAUUUGUUACCUCAAGUUUUGCUAUUAUUGCAAAUGAAUUUUCUGGACAGGUUUCUACAGUGUUUGGUAUGCUGGACUUUACUGGUCUGGGACUUAUGGUUGGACCACCAAUUGGAGGUGCCUUAUAUGAAUUGGGAGGCUUUGGUUUGCCAUUCUGGGUGAUGGGGUCUGUACUGAUCUGUGCCUCAGUGAUCACUAUGAUUCUACUUCCAGAUAUACCAGAUAAACCACAUCCUAGAAAAGGAUCUGUACUACACCUCCUUACCAAUCCUCUUGUCAUAGUCUCUGUCUUGAUCAUUGGAAGUGGUUCGUUUUCACUUGGUUUCUUGGAACCCACACUUGCAGAUCAUCUGAGUCAGUUCAGCUUGCGCACAGUGUAUAUUGGCCUGAUUUUUGUGAUAGAGGCAGCUUUGUAUGCCAUAACAGCACCAUUCUGGGGUUAUCUCAGUGAUACUAAGGGUUUGUCCUACUCACUUGUCAUAAUUGGCAGCAUUGUAAACUGCAUAGGCUUCCUCCUGGUGGGCCCAUCUUCUCUUCUACCAUUCCUUCCUAGUGAGCUCUGGCUGGUUAUUGUCAGCCUGGUGGUGAUGGGACUGGGUAUUGGUUGUGCUUUGGUUCCAACACUGCGAUGUUUGCUUAUUGGUGCACAACGUGUAGGUUAUGAGGAGAAUCUUGACACCUUUGGCAUUGUGUCUGGUCUCUUCAACUCAGCAUUUUCCUUAGGGACAUUUAUUGGACCCACAGUAGGGAGCAUUAUAGAAGAACACAAAGGAUUUGCUUUUGCAGCUACCACCACUGCUGCCUUGUUUGCAGUCUCAGCUGUUUUCUUUGUAUCAUAUGUCAUCAUUGAAAAAACCUGUCUCCCUAAUCUUUCUGGUGAUUCAGUACCAAUUCAGGAGCAUGUCAGAUCUCAGACAUUGGAAAAUGCAGCUGGUUGUACAUCAAGAUCACAUAGUCCUAGUGGCAGCAACAUGCAAAACAGUGAAACAAUUUAGUACCUCAUCUUAGGAAUAACGUGUUCACGACCAUAGCUAAACUUGUUUUCAGUCACAGCCAUAAAUGCAGGUUUGAUUGUGUCUGCAGGUUGUAGGCUUUUAAAUACUCUCAGGCCAUUGAGGUUUUUUGUAGAUGAUGCACUGUCAUUUUUUCUUUUUUUAAUUUUAUGAUUGAUCCUGUAGACCUAUGGACACUUACACUUUGUAUUUGGACAUUUCCAGAAAUGUGUUUGACUAGUGUGACUUGUUUUUUCAAACCAAUCAUUCAUCGCCUUCAUCUCUCGAUUUAUGUCUGUGUAGUCUGAAACACCUUUAAUUUUUCUCUCUAGUUUACUGCGCAUUUUUUACAAAUUUUUGUCUGAAGUCUUCAUAAACCUGCAUUUCCUCAGGUGACAUCCAUUGUUGUCUUCAAGCACACUUUCCACAGGAAUUUUCCCACGUCAGAUCAAAACUAUUGUUAUGUGUGUGUGUGUAUAUAAUUAAGGAGAUAAUUUAUAGUUGAAAAUUUAACAAUUUUGUUACAUUUCUCAGGAACUGAGAUGUCGGCUUUUUGCAUACAAAGCUCUUAGAUCUGCCAGUCUUACAUAGCUUAUUUUCAUUGAACUGUACCUUGCACCUUAUCAGUAAGUUUGAAAUGAUUCCAUCAGCAUGUGUACUUUUGGUGGGUGCUGCCACACUUGAUUAAUUUUUAGUCCAAGAUUAUUUGAAAAUAUGCUUAUUUUGUUUUUCUGAUCAUCUUAGAAUAUGACUGUCAUGAAGGCUUUAUUUUUCCUUCUAGAUAUAUGAAGAAAUAAUGUAUAAUGCUGAAAAUUGUAUUUUAGUGUUGUCAUUUCAUAUAUCAUAACUUUUGCUGCGAAACAUUUAUUGUUACUAACCCUUUUGUAUUCCAUUUUCACAGUGUAUAUUGUUUUUAAUGUUCUCACUCUUAAGACAGUUGCACCAUCUGGCUUUCAGUUCUGAUGAGAACUUUUGAUAGAAGGUAACCUUAAGGUCUUAAGUAGGCUUGUUUCAAGCUGAAAGCGGAUAAAGAAAGACAGUUGUUUAUCUGUUUUUAAUUUACGGUAACUAAUAAAUAUAUCACCAUGAUAUAGCCUUCAAUUAAAAAUAGGGAUUCUCUGCUAGAAACAAAUAUGGCAUUAAAUUGAGAUAGAUGUAUCAGUAAAUGUAAAUGGGUUUGACAAAUCUGCAGACAAGAGAAUGAAAAAGUUUCGCCAUCACCACCAACAAAAUAUAUGAGUAUAGCUACAGAGUGAUGAAAAUAUGUUAAAUUGAUGAAGAAAGAUAUUGCAAAGUUCCCAAAAUAGCCCUUGUUCACAUCAUUAUUUUUAUGUAAGUGAUGUGUUAGGGGACAGCACUGUGGAAGUUAAUGAGGCACACAAAUUAUAUAGACAAAUAUUACAACAGGUUUUGUAAUCAACAUAUCAGGAUUUGUACUUAUUUGAUGUGCAUGAUGUACGUCAAUGAUUGUUGAAUAUUUAUAUGAUCUCUUCAUGGAAUUGUUUAUUAAAAUGUUAAACAUGUUUUGAAAAGCUGCCAAUCAAAUUUUCAGUACAAUUUGCUUUUUAUUGUUGCACUAUUGUGUCUUCAUUCAAAUGGACCAGCAUGUAAUGAAAAUGUGUCUGUGGGUAAAUCAGAUUGUGUGUCAGUAAGCAAGUUUGACUUAUUACACUGAGUACAUUGGUGUGAGAGCUGGAUGCUCUAUAGGCAUGCAAGCUGGAAUUUGCAUGGCAAAUUGACUUGGGUUGACAUGAUAACAUGAGAUCUUUCUGUGCAAUUAUUUCCUGGGAGCUAGAGGUCUGGGAUUUAUUUUUUUUCAGUUCUCUUCCCUUCUUGAAAUGCAAGACUGCGAUAUAUUCUAAACAUUUAGUCUGCUGGGCUAAAGAUAGAUUGGCUGCAAGUUUGAAUAUAUCAAAGAUACCACACCUUUUAAGCUAAGCAAUUACAGUUAGUUGAUUCAAAACAGAUAAGAAAAAGGUUAAAAUGAAGCAGAAUAGUAAUGUAACAGUUUUCAAUCUCAUUAAUCUUACAGGUUUGCUUGUUUCAUUAGGUGGAUUGUUCCUUUUCAAGAUUUUAAGAUUUUUUUUAUUAUUCAAGUCUUAUUUGUAUAACUUUAAUGACAUUCCAUUUUCAAGUGUGUGCACACACACACAGAGCUUGAUUUCAACUACUGAUUGAACUGUCUGAGCAAAAGAUACAAAGCACAUGAAUAUUUUUAUUAUUUUACUGUUACUUGAAAUAGUGUUAUUGAAGUUAUGAACUGAUCCCUACCUUUGGAAUUGUUGCAAGUACUUAAGUGUGGCUGUUAAUCAGGUAAAGAGUGACAUUAGCAAUGGUUUUCAUUAUUGCACGCAAUCCAGUUAUUCAUCUGAAGCCAAAAGCUAACACUUCUAGCGCUAUUAACACUUUCAGCAAGACUCUAUAUUCAUCAGUUUCAUGUCAUUGUCUGCAUGUGAUAUAUGCAUACAUACUUUUUUUUACCAUGAUUUUGUUGAUCCCAGCAUGUUAUAGAAUUGUUAUGCAGUGGAUUAAGUUUUUGUUGCACGGACAAACUGUAUUUUUCCUGUGUCAGGUUUGCAUUAUUUAUGUUCAAAGUCUGCUGUUGGUGUUAUAAUAAUAUCAAGCUGAAUCACAGGGUGUGAGGACAGGUUGAAAGGUGACGAUAACAACAGUUGUCUGAAAGUUAGGUUUAUCUGUUGCAGUCUCACCUUUCACAAGUGAAGUGAAAUCACGUGUGAAGACAAUCCAUAAUGACCUGCUUUCAUAUCAUACAGAUUCUCCACCUUUCUGCCUUUCUGCCAAAAGUGUUGUGUGGAGACAGCAGGAAAGGUUUAAGGGAACGGGGAGUUGGGAGGGGAUAUUAUUGUUGUUGAUGCUGUUGUCUCCCUGACCAGGUAUGUGGGCAUGUGCACGGUAUGUGGUACACAAGGCGCUGUGCAGUACCCACGGCCUGUAUGUCCGCUGGUGUUAGCAGACAUCAGUUUUGUUUCAUGGUUCCACACAGCAUUGUAUUGCUGAACUGUUACCUUUUGUGAUCAAGUUUAUAACAGGUAUUUAAUAAAGGAUCAUGUUUGA